AUGAACACGUAAGUUACUGCCAUUCACAGUUUAUACUCAUAUAUCGGCAGUAGACUGCGAUGGCCCGAUAACAUCGAUUGCAUCCCUUCCGGUUCUUUUUGGUGCAUAUUCCACAGUUUACUUCGGUCAAUUAAUUAAUUAAAAUCCUGCCAAGACCACGAGAUGAGCGAAGAAUUCAAACUGCCCAAACGUUCGCGCAAGCGCACCCGUGAGGUAAAGCGUAAGGCCCGUCCUGAACUCGAUGGCACGGCCUGGACUUCCAUGCAUUUCUACGAAAACUUCAGGCCAUUUUGGGACUUUGCUGACAAUUUGGAGCGUAUUGACCAGUCUGUUGUGUCUUGUGAAGAGUUUAUAGAAAGAUAUGAGCGUCCUUAUAAGCCCGUAGUGGUUACCGGAUGCACGAACGGAUGGUUGGCGGAGGAGAAAUGGACGUUAUCGCGACUGGCAAAGAAAUAUCGCAACCAAAAGUUUAAAUGCGGCGAGGACAACGAGGGCUACAGCGUCAAGAUGAAAAUGAAAUACUACGUAGAGUACAUGCAAACGACGCGCGACGAUAGUCCACUCUAUAUCUUUGACAGCAGCUUUGGUGAACAUCAUCGAAGACGCAAAUUGCUCGAGGAUUACAUGGUCCCCAAGUAUUUUCGUGAUGAUCUCUUCAAGUAUUGCGGGGAGGAGCGCAGGCCACCAUAUCGUUGGUUUGUGAUGGGCCCAGCGCGCUCAGGAACCGGCAUACACAUUGAUCCAUUGGGCACAAGCGCCUGGAACACUCUGGUGCGUGGGCAUAAGCGUUGGUGCCUGUUUCCAACGGAUACGCCCAAGGAAAUGCUAAAGGUCACUAGUGCGAUGGGUGGCAAGCAGCGCGACGAGGCGAUUACGUGGUUUAGCACAAUUUAUCAUCGCACGAAGCAACCCUCGUGGCCAGAGCAAUACAAACCCAUCGAAAUUCUGCAAGGACCUGGCGAGACGGUCUUCGUACCAGGUGGUUGGUGGCACGUGGUGCUCAAUCUUGACGAUACCAUAGCCAUAACACAGAAUUUCAGCAGUUGUACGAACUUUCCCAUCGUUUGGCACAAGACGGUGCGAGGGCGCCCAAAACUGUCGCACAAGUGGCUGCGUGUACUGCGCGUCGAGCGACCGGAGUUGGCUCAAAUAGCUGAUAGUAUUAAUAUAAAUGAGAGCACUGGCUUUGCUUCCGAUAGUAGCAGCAACUCAAGCUCUUCUUCGAGCAGCUCAUCAUCGUCGGAGACCGAGGCAGGCGGCGAUAGCGCCGAUUCGAACACAGACAGUGGUCAAGAAAGUCUCACAGCUAAAAAAAAGAAGAAACGGCGAAUGGGUGGCGAUGGUGGCUGCGCUACGAACUCUUCAGCGCGUUCAUGAUGUCGGCAGAAGGCUAAUGCAGGCAGUCUACUCGCUCGACUGUUUGGACGACAGCUAUUGCUCUGUCGCCGUCGACGUCGUCUGUCGCAACGCCAACGCCGCACACCCUGCUACAGUUAACAAAAGAUAAAGCAAUGUUCUUUAAUCAAUAUUUUUCUACACAUUUACUGCGCUUGUACGAAAAUUCCAAAUCGUAGAUAUUUUGAAAAUGACGAAGUCGAUCACUUAUUAACCAAAGUGAGCGAUAAUCCCUAAAAUGUUUACGAUUGUCAGGUUUUUUAACAGAAGUGUAAAAUUCUAUUGUAAUUAAACAUAUACGGCUAACACCGGGUCACUUUGAGUUGCGUUUUUGCCGGUUAUCCUAUUUUUUUACUUUUUAUAGUUUCAUUACCUGCCCUAAAGUAACUCAUUAGCUUAUAUGUAUCUAAAGAAUGCAACAUAAAUGAAUAAAUGAAAUAUAUUUGUAAUAAAAACA